CACAGCUCCUCUCACCUCUGCUGCUUUCUCUGUUCAAUGUGCAGUGCUAUAUUUGGACUGUAGCAGGAAGUGAGGCUCUGGGUACGUGCACAGUUCGCUAUCACAUGGUCCUCUGUGUAGUUCAUACGACCCAAUACAGGAAAACGCUGUGAUGAAACGGUAGCAAGAAAAGAAAUAUACUACGAGUGGAAAAGUUCUGCUUCAGCAUGUCUGCCUGGAAAAUGAGAGUCCUGACAGCCCUUUGCCUCCUGCGGCACAUCAGAGGUCACAUUCAUCUUCCCCCUCCUCAGAACGUUACACUGCUGUCAAAGGAUUUUGAUAUGAUUUUGACAUGGCUGCCAGGAGAAGGAUCCUCACCAGAUGUGACAUACACAGUGAGGUAUGAAAGCCAGGAACGCAUGGACAAAUGGAUAAAGGUUCCUCAUUGCAAAAACAUUCCCAGGACCUCUUGCAAUCUGACUUGUGUGCUUCCAAACUUCUUCAUUAAAUUCCGGGCUCGAGUGAGAGCCACUUCCGGAGGACUCCAGUCGCGAUGGGUAGAAUCGGAGUUCAAGGAAUACCAUCUGGACGUGGAACUGGCUCCCCCAGCGCUAGAUGUGAGUGUAAAGGAGAACUUAAUCCUCGUGAGCGCUUCCUUCCCUUUGGCCACCUGUGUGGAGAGUUUCCCUUGGAUGUAUGACUUGGACCUUUGGGAAGCUGGAUCUGAAGACAAGAAGCGAUAUGAAAGUAUUUUUAGGAAGAAUACAAUGAACAUCGACACCACUGCGCUUAGUGGCAAUUACUGCUUGAAUGCCAGAUCUUCCUUCCAAAGCAUUGACUUCAAGCACAGCAAAUUCUCCCAACCAGUGUGUGUGCUACUGAACCACAAAGCAGCGGGAUGGAAGUUCCCACUUUCUGCCAUGACCCCUGCAUUUGUCCUCCCCUUCCUUCUCACAGGCGUCCUCAUCAUCUGUUUGCUGAAACAAGAUGUUAGACGAACAAAGAAGCCUCAUGCUUUGGAUUUCUCCCAUUUAAGAGCUGCUGGAACAGCCUUUCACUGUGAGCUCAGCAAGGAGGAGUUCUUCACAGACUAUCUUAUCUGCACAGAGAACCCAGCAUCACAAGAGAAGAAGACUAGAACUAUAGCAAGAAACAACCUGCCAUGUAUGGUUUCUUUACUCUCAUCAUCAUCAUCAGAAGAGGAGGAGGAAGAGGAGGAAGAAGAGGAGGAAGACAGCAGUACUUUCAUCCCAUACACUGAAAUGCCUCGGUUCUCAAGGAGAAGUCCGAACUGUCAGCCAUCCAGAACAGCUCAGGGGGAAACCAGCUUGGACUCUGGAUCUGGAGGACACUGUGUGGAUGAUGGAUCUGUGCUUGACCUAACUACCUUGGGUUUCUCUCUCUUUCCAGUGAGAAAGAAUGAGGUGUACACCUCAAGAUCCCAAAGAAAGGAGAAAGCACCCCUUUCUUGCAGUCCCUCUUUGGGAAGCGUGUCCCUCACUGAUGUGAGGUAUCCAGGUCCCAGGGGACACGGACAGCAUGAUACAGACAGGGAUGAAUGUGUGGAAACGACCCCUCUUCAAACACUGGUGGAGGAACUUAGUGUCAAACCUCUGGUUGCUGAACCGCUCCUGCAGAGGAAGGAUCAUCAUUUCACUAAGUAUUACCAGAAGAAAAUAGCUGGUCAGGAUUUCCUGAUCACUAAGGAUUCGCAGCUCAUUGAGGAUCCAAACGGGGAGCAGCUCAUUUGCUUUCAGACAUUACAGGUGGCAGAAGACGAGGGUAUUGCAAGUGACUGCGACAGUGAUAAUUUUACAGAAGGGACACCUCCUGCAUCCACUGUGCUAAGUGAUGCAUUUGAAACUUCAAAUAUGGAGGAAAAAUAUGGUCAAAAGUUUAAAUUCAAAGGCUAUCAGCAUACACAUUACAUGGCAAGGAGCUAGAGUAGACUAGCAGUUCUGUGGCAUGCAUGGAAAACGCCAGAGAGCUCUAGAUAACCAGGCAAGAGGAACACAAGGACAAACACCUGACAGCGGUGCUUUUUGGAUGUAUUCACCUAGACAGUGUAUUUUCUACCAAAAAAUAGUGUAGCUGUCCUAUCAAGGCAUACGGCUUUAGGGACACAAAAUUUGUAUUUUUACUGCCACUAAUGUACAUUCACUAUCUCUCUACAAAUACAGUUCUGAUAAGGUCUUAGAGCUGUAAUAUAAGGUACCUUACUGAAACCCAGCUGGGGUGAGGCAUGCAGUGCUGAUCUCAUGCAGGUAUCACACAGCACACAUGCAUUGCCUUGUGUUCACUUGAGACUUCAGACCAAGAUAACUUCUGCAUGUUAGUUAUGAAAGGCAAAAAUACCGCUGGGACUGCAAAACCAGAACCAGGGCCAUCAGCUGAGGUCUGAAAAUGCAGUGUGUCCUGCCUGCACGUUGCCUUUGAGCCUGGAUGACCUCCUGACAUUACAUUUCCUUCUCUGUAAUGGCAAAACCGCACCUCUGCUUGAACGGAAUGGAAGCACCUUUACCGGGACAUUUAGCAACCUCUGCUUUUCGGGGAUGAAGAGCUCCCUCUCAGCCCGCAGAGGUCACCCUCUGUGUGUCAACAGAGCAAACUGAAGUCAAAGCGGGGAAUGUACAGCAUGUUUAUUUUUGUUAUUUAUUUAUUUUGGUUUUUAUACAAAUAUAGUUAUUGAUGCUGAACUUCGCCCUGCUGUGCAGAAUGUCUGAGAGCUGUGGAGUAUGUGGAGGCAAUUAUAUUUUGAUAGAUA